AUGGCGGAUGGGACAGCAGAGGAUGUUUUGAAGGAUGUUGAGCGACAACAGCGUGAAGAAGCCUCUUCAGCAGCAAGGCAGGAGAUGGUUGACGAUUCGGAGGUCGAUCUCCUCCAGGUCGUAGCGUCUCGCAUCCAGCAAGGUAGAUCUAAUGAGACAGACUCUGGUGUCCGAGCCGAAGAUGAGAACAAAAAAAUGAAAGAGAACGCCAAACUUGGUGCAAACGAGCAGCGUACAAAGGAGAAUCGUGUGGAUCCAGAAUCGGAUAUUCUCAAGGUUGUCGCUGCGCGUAUACACGGCACAGAAACUGCCGUUGGCGCUGUCGCCUCUGAUGAAGACCAGGACAACAAGAUCGAGUCACAUGAAAGUGCAAGUGGAUGUGAGGGAGCAACCAAUGUUGGAACUUCGUCAAAGACCCCCACAAACGGAACGUGUGCCGUUGGCAUUGACGCAGAUUCCGAUGCGGAAGGGGACAACGUCAAUAUGGGCCCAGGGCAAAAUGAAGAGAUGGUCUCUGCGACCCCCGCGCUCCGACACGGUGAACGUCUCCCAAUAUCUCGGCCAGGAGCCUUUUCAUAUUCGUCGUCUUCCUUACACUCUGAAGCGCAUGAAGUCAUCUCUGGACCUGGGAGGUUGACCCUAGAAAAUAAUACCAGGAAUGAGACGCCAGAGGAAGUUCCUGGCCUUCUUUCAGUUGCCCUCCCAGUACCAGAUGAGCAACGCCCUGAUUACUUGCCGCAGGCUGAAGAACUUGGAGACCAUGUCGAGGCUGACGCCCAAGCCAGGGAAUCCAGGAUUGAAAGUCGUGCUUUUACCUCAGCAUUAAAGUAUUUUGGUGCUGGUUUGGUUUUCAUUGUUGUUGUGGUGCUUUUGAUUGUUUUGGUUCCUCGAAAAGUCAACAGUGGGAAUGGUCCAGCGGAGGCUUCUGCGUCGGUUGACAUCUUGAGCUCAGAGUCUCCAUCCGAAUCGCCAACAUCGUUUCAGGACUUCCUGGUAACAUUGUUUCCAGAUGAAACCAUGAGUGCAUUGGGAGAUGCCGAGUCACCACAGUCCAAAGCACUCGGGUGGCUGCUCAACGAUCCGAAUGUAGCCAACUAUCCUGACUGGCGAAUUCAGCAAAGAUUUGCACUCAUGACUUUGUACUAUGCCACAUCGGGUCCCACCAAAUGGAGGAACAACACAAACUGGGCAAGCUAUGAACAUGAGUGUGAAUGGUUCUCAACCCCAUCCUUGGGGCCACCUAGCUUUCCUGUCGACAAUGAGACUCUGGCAAUACUGCUGUCUACCAGCCCUUGUGAUCCUGACUAUGUGUCAUGGAAACUGAAUUCGAGUAGACACGAUGACAUUUCAUUGCUC